AGGACUCGAGAGGUCCCAGCCCGGCCCAGCGCAGAGCAUCGCUCACGGCUGCCAGUCUGAGUGGACAGACUCGCGUCUGCCGCAGCCGCAGCAACGCCGGCGCCGCCUCCACAUGCGCUGCUGCUGCGCCCACCCCAGCACAGGCAGCGGCUCUCCAGGCCGGCCUCAGGGGCAUUUCUGCAGAGCUGCGUCUGGCUGCUGCUGCGAGACGACCGCACGUCUCAUGUCCCCGCAACUGGCCGCCGCCAACGAGGGGCGACCGCUUGCCUUGCGUGGUGUGCGCCCGCCGGGCAAGCGCACAGGCCGCCUUGCAGUAAGAGUCUUAGUGGGCGGUGCGGUGCCUGCUGGCUGGCCGAGCCGCGUCCGCGCGCCCGGGCCGCCGCGCGUGUGUUGCUCUUUGUGAUGGCCGCGCUCCUUCGCUCCGCUCUCCAUCAUC